ACAGGAUCUCAUGUUGAGUGGUGUAAACAGCUUAUAGCUGCUACAAUUUCUAGUCAGAUUUCAGGUUCAGUGACAUCAGAAAAUGUGUCCAGAGAUUACAAGGCUCUGAGGGAUGGGAACAAGCUGGCGCAGAUGGAAGAAGCUCCGCUUUUUCCAGGAGAAUCCAUCAAGGCCAUUGUUAAAGACGUCAUGUACAUCUGUCCAUUCAUGGGAGCAGUGGGCGGCACCCUGACAGUGACAGACUUCAAGAUGUACUUCAAAAACGUAGAGCGGGAUCCACAUUUCGUCCUUGAUGUGCCCCUUGGAGUCAUCAGCCGAGUGGAAAAGAUCGGAGCCCAGAGCCAUGGCGACAACUCUUGUGGAAUAGAGAUUGUGUGCAAGGAUAUGAGGAACUUGCGACUUGCUUAUAAGCAGGAUGAACAGAGUAAACUGGGGAUAUUUGAAAACCUCAACCGAUAUGCAUUUCCUCUUUCCAAUGGACAGGGACUAUUUGCAUUCAACUAUAAAGAAAGAUUUCCAGUUAAUGGCUGGAAAGUUUAUGAUCCAGUAUCUGAAUAUAAGAGACAGGGUUUGCCCAAUGAGAGCUGGAAGAUCUCCAAAAUAAACAGUAACUAUGAGCUCUGUGACACCUACCCUGCCAUCAUCGUUGUGCCUACCAGCGUGAAAGAUGACGACCUGGCAAAGGUGGCAGCCUUCCGUGCAAAAGGCAGAGUCCCUGUGUUAUCCUGGAUUCAUCCAGAGAGUCAGGCAACGAUUACGCGCUGCAGCCAGCCACUUGUGGGUCCCAAUGACAAGCGCUGCAAAGAAGAUGAGAAAUACCUGCAGACAAUAAUGGAUGCUAACGCGCAGGCGCACAAGCUCGUCAUCUUCGACGCCAGGCAGAACAGUGUUGCCGAUACCAACAAGGCGAAGGGCGGAGGGUACGAAAGUGAAAGUGCUUACCCGAAUGCUGAGCUCGUGUUCCUGGAAAUCCACAACAUUCAUGUGAUGCGCGAGUCCCUCCGGAAGCUGAAGGAGAUCGUGUACCCGACCAUCGACGAGACCCGCUGGCUGUCCAAUGUGGACGGGACCCACUGGCUCGAGUACAUAAGGACACUUCUUGCUGGAGCUAUGAGAAUUGCUGAUAAAAUUGAAUCUGGGAAAACUUCAGUGGUGGUGCACUGCAGUGACGGAUGGGACCGCACGGCCCAGCUCACAUCCCUGGCCAUGCUGAUGUUGGACAGCUAUUACCGGACCAUUAAAGGCUUUGAAACUCUCAUAGAAAAGGAGUGGAUAAGCUUUGGCCAUAGGUUUGCUAUGCGUUUGGGCCAUGGUGACGACAACCACGCCGACGCGGACAGGUCGCCCAUAUUUCUCCAGUUUAUUGACUGUGUGUGGCAGAUGACGAGACAGUUUUCUUCAGCGUUCGAGUUCAAUGAGCUCUUCCUGAUAACAGUCUUGGACCACCUUUAUAGCUGCCUCUUUGGGACUUUUUUGUGCAACUGUGAGCAGGAGCGAUUCAAGGAGGAUUUGUGUACGAAGACUAUCUCUCUGUGGUCUUACAUCAACAGCCAGCUAGAUGAGUUUUCCAACCCUUUCUUUGUCAACUAUGAAAACCACGUGCUGUACCCGGUCGCUAGCCUGAGUCAUCUGGAGCUGUGGGUGAACUACUACGUCCGCUGGAACCCACGGAUGAGACCUCAGAUGCCGAUUCACCAGAACCUCAAGGAGCUGCUGGCGGUCCGGACAGAGCUGCAGAAGAGGGUGGAGGACCUGCAGCGCGAGGUGGCCAUGCGCUCCAUCUCAUCCUCGUCCGAGCGAGGCUCCUCGCCGUCCCACGCCACCACCCCGGUGCAUACCUCCGUCUGACGGGUGGCGA